AACUUCUGGCUAAUGAUUUUCCUCCAAGGCAUAUUUUCACAAGUAAAAAUGUAUCUAAAGGUGCUAUAUUUUUGCAGUCCAAGUUUUUAUCACUUUAUGCUGAUUACACUGUGAAUUUCAACAUUUUCAAAAGUCUGGCUUUUAAUUUAAUAAAAAAAUUUAAUGAGUGUGGAAAAAGAAAAGUGUUCUUUCUUACUAGAUAUAAACAUUUUUUGGAUCAAAAUCAACAAUGCAAAUAUCUCUUAUUAGAAAAAGAUUCUGAAAAAGAGAUUAGAACACAUGAGGAAGAACUGCUAUUAAUUAGAAAAGGUGAAAAUCUGAUUAACCAGGGUAAUCAACUUAUCAAGUAGGGUGAGUGUAAAAUAAAAGAAGGGGAAUUACUGCUUUGUACUCAUGGAUCCAAUGUUAACAGUGUACCAUGUUGAGUACCUAAUUCAUCUGCAGUCAAUACAUCUUGUACACCAAAAUCUAGAAAGUCUUUUAUUAAGCUUACAAACAGGAUGAAGCGUAAAAGAACAGAUAGUCUUAGAGAGCAAGAGGUGGAAGAACUGCAACAUGCUGUCAAAAGGUUCAAAUCUAAUUCUUCUACUGAUGGUAGGGCUAUUUUAUAUGGUUCAAAUUUGUCAUUGCAAGCUCUUUGUAAUUUGAAACUUACAGAUAGAACAUGGACUGAAUUUAAAAAUAUAGUGACUCAUAAUUGUCAUCUUGUUUCUCCAGGUUUAACCAAGUUGAAGCAAUACAAAAAAUUGACAUAUCCAGAACAGGUUGAAUAUUCUGAAACCGAAGUAAAAUGUUGUCUUUUCCAUAUGAUAAAGCAUUCAGUUUCUAGAGUGUUUGAAUAUCUUUUGGAUUAUGAAAGUAACUGCAUAAUGAGUUUAUCACAAGAAGAGUGUGAUAAUAUACAAAUUAUUUGCAAAGUAGGAGGUGAUGGUCAAAGUGAUCAAUCUGAGUUUCAAAAUUCAGCAACUAUGAAAAGAGGUGUAGAUGAUCGUUCUGUGUAUAGUAUAGUGUUUGUACUGCUGGAGAUCCGAAGUGGAGAAAAAAUAAUAUGGAAAAAUUUAAUUCCAUAGUCCAGAUGCAACCCUUCAUCUUCUUUUUUGUUUUGCAAAAGAGACUGCUAGUUUUAUUCAGGAAAAAUUUGAACAUUUGAAAAAUGAAAUUUUUUUAUUGAAGAAUAUUGAAUUUAAACUUGGUGAAAGUACUUUUGUAGUAAAGUCUAGUUUGUCAACUAUUUAUACCACAAUGAAUGAUGGCAAAACACUAAACGCUGUUGUAUCAAAUAUGCUUAAAAAAAAAAAUUUCAUCUCAGUCCUGCCAUGUAUGCCUUGCAAAUUCUAAGGAGUUUAACUUGAAAACUAUUUGGAAAAAAAAUAUUAAUUUAAACAAGCAUGUUUUGAAACUUGGAAUUUGCAGUCUUCAUCUAUGGAUGCGCUGUAUGGAGUGGAUUUUCAAUACUGCUUGUAAACUCCCAGCUGUUAAGCAAGGAAGAAAUAUUGCAUCACAAAAGAGUAAAGAAUUUAUUGAAAACAAAAAAAAUUCCAGCAUUUAUUCAAGAUACAACUGAAUAUAAGGGUUUCUUUUGUCAGGAAAGGAUGUGGAACAACCAAUACUGGAAAUGUUACUCGCAAAUUUUUUAAUAACCCGAUUGUG